ACCCCUCUCUCGCAAAACAAAACAAAACAAAACCGCCUUCAAAUACUCAGGAAACCAAGCAGCAACUGCCGCGUAGUCGUCUGUACUGGAAAGAAAUUAAAUCGGAGAACCAUUCUAAUCCUGCGUCCUAGUAUUCGCCAAAGCAAGCACCAAGCGAACGGCUUUGGAAAAACUCACACCGACGUCCACCGAAUUACCCUCGGAGAGGCAGGCACAACAGCCAUGGUAGACUACGAACACUUCCUGGCCCAACUGCGGCAGAAGGAGGCCGCCCCGCUCAUGGCCCACCUCAAGAGUUUCCUCGCCCGCUUCAACUCCGAAAAGCGUCCCAUCCUCCAACACCGCAAACUCGUAGCCAGCUUCCUCCACUACAUCUACGGCGAGUCCCUCCAAAACGACAUAUUUGCCCACUGCACGAGUGACGAUGACCUCGAGAAUAUCCGCGAGGGCUGGGAGAAGCUCGUUAUGAUGAACAUCUACGAUCGCGUGUUUGGCGCCGCAGAGACUGACGACACGAAACUCGGCAACCAUCUCCAGCGCAAGAUCGACUCGUUUCAGUGGGUCCAGGAACAACAUCUCGACCUGCCAUUCUCGUUUCAUCACACCCUCGAGGUCGCCCAGGCCGAGCUGCUGCGGCUGAACGGAUUCCGCGCGCCGAGGGACAAGCUUGUCAUCCUGCAAAACACCGCGCAGAUUGUCGUCGAUUUGAUCAAAAAGGCGUCGGAAAACGACGCCGCCGGCAACGAUCACCUCCUCCCGACGUUGAUCCUCACUAUUAUUCGCGCCAAUCCGCCCAAUCUCAUCGCCAACAUUAAAUACAUCAUGCGCUUCAGGAACCAGACCGAGCUCGACAAAGGCACCAAUCAGUUUUGCAUCACCAACAUGAUGAGCGCCGUCAGCUUCAUCUACAACAUGACCCCAAAGAGUCUCACUCUCAACGAGGAGGAAGCUCAGCGGUACGCCGGCGUAGGUGGUGGACUGGGCGGACGAGCAGGGGAAGGCUCCUCGUCAUCCUCCUCCGGGACCCGCGGCGACCCCGCCGUCCCGCAAGUCUCGCAACUCGCAUCCAAAGUAUACACCUCGACCUCCGGCUGGUUCAACUCUUUGAUAAGGGAAGCGAAAGUUUUUGGAGAACAGGCGGCCGGAAAGGUAGAUGGCUUUGUCAAUCAGGUCGUCGGCGAUAGUGACGAGGAAGAUAAUCGUGUGAAUCAGGGGCAGGGUCAGGGUCCAUACCAACACCAACAAAACCAGUACCAACCCAUACCCGGUACCACAACCCACGGGGAACCACAACCAAACCAAACCGAACACACUGCAGGCGGGGGCCCACCCAUCCCGGCCCGCCCGCCCGGCGUCGAAUUCCUCAGCAGCACCCGCUCCUCCUCCAUGUCCGCCGCAUCCACAUCAGCCUACCCCGGCCAUCACCAACAAACCUCUCCACAACUCCCACACCGCCAAUCAACCCCCACCGGCCAACAACUCCGCCAACAACUCCGGCAACAGCAACAACAGCAACUCGCACAACAUCAACAGCAGCAAUCUUUGCAUCCUUUGCAAGCCACUGGCGCGGUGCACCCGCCGUGGAUGAUGGAACACUCCCCGACUGUGAGCCCCAUGAGCCCACUGAACGACGCAUCACCCGCACCGCCUCCGCGUCCGCCAGCGAAUGCGGUCGGGGGUAUUGGGGCGGGGCCGAGGAGACCCUCGACGAUGUCACCGGCAGAACAGGAAGAUUAUGAACUGCAGCUUGCGAUGGCGUUGAGUUUGUCCACUGUGGAGGAUGAGAAGAGGAGGAGGGAGGAGGGUGGGGAGUUUGAGGUUGUUGAUGAGGAUGGGGAGGGCGGUGAUGCUGCAGCGGGGAAGGAAACGACUGUGGCUGAUCUUGUGGAUGUGCAAACGGAGGAAUCAGUGGCUUUGCCUGUUCCGCCGUCAUCAUUAACAUCGCAAACGGAGCAGGCGGCGAAACCGUACACCGUCCCCGAUACACCGGCCGCGGAGGCUGACAAGCCGCAUGCGGAGACCCUUGUUGAUGAUAGUGGGGACGCAGCUGAGGAGGCCAAGGGUGGAGAGGGCAGUGGGUCGUCACCGACAACAACCACGACGACGGGGGCGAAGUAGAGGCGAUUGGCCGGAAGAGGUGGGAUGGUAGAUAUCAUCAAGCCCUCCUGCCAGCCCCAGCUCCCUGUCGUGACGCAAGUGCGCUGGCAUCUCAGCUCAUUGAUCCAUCUGUAUCUGUAAUCUGUACCCUGUCUUUGUGUAUAUACUGUAUACGUAAAUGUGACACCUCUCGGCCUUAGCCAGGCAGGAGUACGGCCUUCAA